AUGGUGACCGACGCGAUCCACCUGCUGCGCACAGCCGGCCACGCUGUAGAACGGGUGGCCAGAGACGCCGCGACACCCACGCUGCCGCCGACGCCGACGCUGCCGACGCCACCGCCGAUGCCGCCUCCGACGCCGCCCCCACACAACCCCUGCCCAGACGGCUUUUCUGAGUGCAGUGUCGGCGGUUGCUGCUCCUCCGAGUUCGGGGCGUGGGCCAGCAUGGCCAUGUCAUUCCUGGGCAUCAUGUUGGUACUCCUGUGCUGCUCGUGCUGGAAAUACGCCAUGCACGCCCGAAGGAUCAGGUCGGCUGCCCUGCGUUCCUCGCGUCGACGUACGCAGCGGCUCUCGGAGGCCAGCACCGCCUGCCCGUCUCCAGCGCAGACCCCGGCUGUCCGAGCCAGCUGGCAGGGAGAGCCGCCGCCAGUGCUGCCGGACGAGCCGCCUCCUCUGUACGAGACCUGCGUGUCGGUGAUCCCCCUACCAGCGACAGGGGAGACUACAACAGCGGCGACCCUGGCCAUACCGCCGUCGACUGCUACACUCCCGACGCCCUUGGGACGAUCUUCUGGCCAAUAGCGGCGCCCUUCUGUCUACGCUUCGGCUGUAACUGUCCAAGCUUCGCACCAAACGCAGAUACGGUUGCGGUUAUCGACCUGUGUUUACUAAAGACUGAAAUGGCGGACGAACGCAGAACGUCUGGUGCAGUUCUCGGCAGGAAUCUCGUUACUCACGAUUCACAUUGCUCGUGCAUGUAAUCAGCCAUUUUCGUGGCGGUGUACGUUAACAAGGCUCUUGGAGUGGAGAGGGCCAGAGGCGAGGGAUGUGCUGUACGAAGUGGGCAGCCUGUCACGUGACGUACCAGCCAAUAGCGCUGUUCUGCCGAUUCUGGCUUCUGGGACUUCAGCGAGCAUUUGGUGUUGACUUCUACGUUGUUACAAGAGUGUUGACUAUUGUUUUGUCUUUGUAAUGCUUGUUGCUAAAGAUGUGUCAGAAUACCUUUAUGUACUGCUCACGUAAUUCAGAGCAAUAGUAUUCUUUCUAAUUACAACAUGACGAGCACGAAGCGGACACCUCUACCACGCGUAGAGCAUGUCGCAGCAGUAUCAUUUGCUAAGAGAGAGAAAAUUCGAGUAGUGUGGUGUGAGACAGGGGGGAGACUAGAAUAUUUUGCAAACUAUUCCGUAUUUUAUGUUUUUGAGCUGUGGAUAUCUCUUGUAUAAUAUUCGCCAUCUGUCUCUGUAAAGAAUGCAUCACAAACUUCUUUUGUUAUGUACACAUCUUUUUGACAGAUCUUCCGAUUUUUUUUAUCCCCUGUGUCUUCAGCGAACAAACUGUGUCGCUGUUGUGUUUUGGAAAUGUGCUUAUCUUCUACAUAAGCUGCCGUUUGUUAACCACUUGAUUUCCUGAUGUCUCGUGUCAAUUUCGUGUUUUAACAUCACAAUUCCAUUAAUAAAACUAAUGUAUAAUUCCACAAUUCUAUUCCCUGUACUGUGUAACGUAAGCUGUCUUGAGUUUUUCUCACUGAAUAAACUACUUGACUGAUCAAAAGUGAAAUUUUCACUUUCACGGGCUGCUCUCUUAUCAACUGAGCCAUCUGAUCACACCUUACAGCCCAAAUAUGAACUACUGCUUCUGAGGGACCUACUGUUUUGUAUUGUUUUUACUAGUCUGUUAUUAGACAUGCUAAAUAAUUAACGUUUUUAUAAGUGUCGUAUGUCGCACAUUAAGAUGCAGCUUGACAUACAAAACAUUUUAUUUCACUUUUUACUAAAAGCUGUUGUUUAUAAUGAAUUGUUUAUAGCGUGUCAUAAUUAAAUACGAUAUCCAUUACA